AUGUCACCAGGAGAGGAAUUCGACAAAAAUACUAUGCUUAUGACUCAAACUAGCCAGACAGACUACAAGGAACUCUGUCGUCUAGACGUACUCGGGUUAGCUGACGUUCCAACACACGAUCAAGGAACGGUGUACUCCGAAUUUAAAGAGCAAUUAACGAGAGAUCCAGCAGGAUGGUACGUAACGGGGCUGCCUUGGCGAGGAAAUCAUGCAACCUUGCCAAACAACAAACAAGGAAGUCUACGUCGUCUGAACCACCUCACGAAGCGACUGCACCAAAACGGCCUUACCACUGAGUACGACUCCAUCAUCCGAGAACAACUGAACGAGGGGAUUGUUGAGAAAGCACCGGAAGUCCCUAGCAACAAGGAAUUCUACAUUCCACAUAAGGCGGUAGUUAAAGAGAGUGCAGAGAGUACCAAAAUGAGAAUCGUGUACGACGCCUCCGCGAAAGCCAAACCUGAUGCCCCAUCCCUCAACGAGUGUUUGAACCCCGGUCCCCCCCUCCAGAACAAACUUUGGGACGUUUUGGUCCAACAACGCGCUUACCCAGUCGUAGUAGCCGCUGACAUUCGAAAGGCGUUUCUGCAGAUUCGGAUUCGAGAAAACGAACGUGAUUGCCUCCGUUUCCAUUGGCAGAAAGAACCACACUUAGAGAUCGAAGUUCUACGUUUCACAAGAGCAUUGUUUGGGCUGAUCUCGUCGCCAUUUCUUCUCGCCGGAGUGCUCGAAAGCCAUUUUGACGCCUGGGAAGGGAAAUACCCGGACCUGAUACGAGAGUUGCGGCGCAGUUUAUACGUUGAUGAUCUGCUGAUCGGGGGCCAAACUGUACUGCAGGCUCGUACGCGAAAGGAAAAGGCCAUUGAAGUCCUGGACGAUGCCACUUUCCAAUCACACAAGUGGCACUCGAACGUUGAAGAGUUAGAGAGAGACGGUGAUCGGUCCCAAAAUCAUGACGAACAAUCGUUUGCGAAACAACAAUUUGGAGUGCAACCUGGUGAAACGAAGAUGCUUGGUUUGAAAUGGAAUAAAGUCGAGGAUACCCUGUCGAUCAAUUUUCCUGAAGAUGAACAUCCCGUGACCAGACGCGGUAUUCUCCGGCAAAUCGCAAAGAUCUAUGACCCGUCUAGUGUCACCACUUACACUAGAAGGGAAGCUGGUGUACAGAGCAGCCUGCGAGUCGAAGACGCCGUGGGAUGCCAAACUCAAUGA